AUGGAGUAUUCGUUUAUUUCACGGCAAACCUUCGAUGAUCUGAUUAAACGAUAUAUUGGAAGUUUAGCACCAAAUAAGAAAGAGAAAGCACUAAUCGAUCAAGAAAAACUACAAAAAAUCAAGGAAAUUCUUCUUGACCCUACAAAUACUAAAUU